UGCGUCACGAGAGCGCAUGCGCGGGCUUUUGCUUUGCAGAAGCAAAACAAAGGUGCAAACGUGCAUGCAAAGGGAAGGCGUUUUGGGGGGGCUUUUUUUGGGGCCAUGUGGCCUACCUUGCAGGGCUGUCUGCGGAUUGCAACCAGGCCCAAGACCUCCAGGUUGCUUUGCAGGUGGAAAAGCCAACGUGCCGAGCGGGACACCAUCUUCGCCUUGUCGUCCGGCGCCGGGAAAUGCGGCCUGGCCGUGAUUCGAACCAGCGGCCCGGACAGCCACGCGGCCUUGGUCAGUCUGGCGGGGAAGGUGCCGCUCGCCAGGACGGCCGCUUUGCGCAGGAUCCGCCGACCCGACUCCGGAGAGACGCUCGACCGCGGCCUCGUGAUCUGGUUCCCCGGGCCGGGCAGUUUCACGGGGGAGGAUGUGGCCGAAUACCACGUCCACGGCGGUCCGGCAGUGGUCAGCGGCGUCCUGAAUGCCUUGGGUGGGCUUCCCCGCCUGCGCUUGGCGGAGCCCGGCGAGUUCACCAAGCGGGCCUUUCAGAACGGGAAGCUGGACCUGACGGCGGCCGAGGGCCUGGGGGACCUGAUCCACGCCGAGACCGAAGGGCAGCGCCGGCAGGCCUUGCGCCAGAUGGAGGGGCAGCUGGGGGCCCUCUACCACCGAUGGAGCCGCACCCUCACCAAGGCCCUGGCCCACCUGGAGGCGUACAUCGACUUCAGCGAAGACGACAACAUUGAGGGCGGGGUCCUUCUCCAGGUGGAUGAAGCAGUGGCCUCACUGGCCCAAGAACUGGAGGCCCACUUGCAAGACGGACGGCGUGGUGAGCGCCUCCGGGACGGAAUCCACGUCGUGAUCGCUGGCCCCACCAACGCGGGGAAGAGCAGCCUCCUCAACCAGCUGUGCCGGAAGCCGGCGGCCAUCGUGUCGCCCGUGGCAGGGACCACCCGGGACGUGGUGGAGGCCGCCUUGAACCUCCACGGGAUCCCCAUCGUCCUGAGCGACACGGCCGGCCUGCGGGAGACCGGAGACGUGGUGGAGAAGGAAGGCGUGGAUCGGGCCCGCCAGAGGGUCCGCACCGCCGACCUGGUCCUGGCCGUCCUGGAUGCGGCCGAAGUGUCCCGGCGGCCGGAGCGAGUGACCGCUCUCCUGCUGGACGUCCUUCUGGCCGAUGACCCGACCCGGCCGUGGCUCCUGGUCCUGAACAAGGCCGACCUCCUUGCGGGGGAGGCCAAGGCGGCGCUGGAGGCAGCGUGUGCGGGGACGGGCCCUUCGCCCGCUUGCUUGCUCUCCUGCAAAACCGGAGACGGGAUCGAGGCCUUCCUGCAAACGCUGGGAGAACGGCUGGCUGACUUGUGUGGAGACCCCCAGGUGGGUUCGCCCAGCCCCACGCGGGCCCGACACCGCCUGGGCUUGACCCUCUGCCUGGACGCCUUGGGCCGCUUCGGACACUAUCGCCCGUCCGACCUGGCCCUGGCGGCCGAGGAGCUGCGUCAGGCCCGGCGGCAACUGGGUCGGCUGACGGGGCAAGUGGGUGCCCAAGAGAUCCUGGACCUCAUCUUCCGGGACUUCUGCAUCGGGAAGUGACCCCAAGUCGGUAUGAUGGUAUGGGAAAUAAAGUAUUGAGGAAUUGGUGGUAGUUAAAGUAAAGGGUCCCCUGGGCUGAGUGGGUUGCUAGGAGACCAAGUGGGCGGAGCUUAGGGGUGUAUUGGCCAUUGAAUGCUUGCCUUUUGUGUUUGGAAUCCACACUGAGUCCCUCCGGGGAGGCAAAUAGGGCAGAAUACAAAUAAAGUAUUAUUAUUAUUAUUAUUAUUAUUAUUAUUAUUAUUAUUAUUAUUAUUAAAGGGUCCCCUGGGCUGAGUGGGUUGCUAGGAGACCAAGUGGGCGGAGCUUAGGGGUGUAUUGGCCAUUGAAUGCUUGCCUUUUGUGUUUGGAAUCCACACUGAGUCCCUCCGGGGAGGCAAAUAGGGCAGAAUACAAAUAAAGUAUUAUUAUUAUUAUUAUUAUUAUUAUUAAAGGGGCCCCUGGGCUGGGUGGGUUGCUAGGAGACCAAGUGGGCGGAGCUUAGGGGUGUAUUGGCCAUUGAAUGCUUGCCUUUUGUGUUUGGAAUCCACACUGAGUCCCUCCGGGGAGGCAAAUAGGGCAGAAUACAAAUAAAGUAUUAUUAUUAUUAUUAUUAUUAUUAUUAUUAUUAUUAUUAUUAUUAUAGGGUCCCCUGGGCUGAGUGGGUUGCUAGGAGACCAAGUGGGCGGAGCUUAGGGGUGUAUUGGCCAUUGAAUGCUUGCCUUUUGUGUUUGGAAUCCACACUGAGUCCCUCCGGGGAGGCAAAUAAAGUAUUAUUAUUAUUAUUAUUAUUAUUAUUAUUAUAUUUAUAGGGCAGAAUAUAAAUAAAGUAUGAUUAUCACCAUCAUCAUCAUCAUUAUAUUAUAUUAUAGGGCAGAAUACAAAUAAAGUAUUAUUAUUAUUAUUAUUAUUAUUAUUAUUAUUAUUAUUAUAUUUAUAGGGCAGAAUAUAAAUGAAGUAUGAUUAUCACCAUCAUCAUCAUCAUCAUUAUAUUAUAUUAUAGGGCGGAAUAUAAAUAAAGUAUUAUUAUUUUAUUAUACUAGCUGUGCCCGGCCACGCGUUGCUGUGGCGAAGUAUGAUGGUAUGGGAAAUAAAGUAUUGAGGAAUUGGUGGUAGUUAAAGUAAAGGGUCCCCUGGGCUGAGUGGGUUGCUAGGAGACCAAGUGGGCGGAGCUUAGCCUUCUAACUGGCAGCAAUUGGAUAAAAACAAUAAUUCCUCUCCCUCUAAUUAGGACUUUAUUUUUCUUUUCUUUUUGUUGUAUCAACCUAGAGGCAUGGAUGAGGGGUUGUGCUGUCAAUUUUUGAGGUUGUGGGGUGUUUACUUUUGUUGUUUUGUCCACUGCCGUGAUGCCAUCACUCUUUUAUAUAUAUAGAUAUACUAGCUGUGCCCGGCCACGCGUUGCUGUGGCAAAGUGGUGGUGGUAUUGGUUAAAAAUUGUUGUGUCAUUUUUAUUUGCAUUUUUUAAAUUAAUUUUAUUGCAAGUUAUAUUUUUAUUUAUUAUAUUUUAUUAUUUUCUUGUAUUAUUUGUAGUUAUUUUCUGUUAUUAUAGUAUUUUAUUGUAUUAAUUUUUUUAGUGUUUUUAAUUAUUUUUUAUUGGGUUGCUAGGAGACCAAGUUGGAGGAGCUUAGCCUUCUAACUGGCAGCAAUUGGAUAAAAACAAUUAUUCCUCUCCUUCUAAUUAGGACUUUUUUUCUUUUGUUUUUGUUGUAUCAACCUAGAGGCAUGGAUGAUGGGUUGUGUUGUCAAUUUUGGAGGUUGGGCAGUGUUUAGUUUUGUUGUUUUAUAUAUAUAGAUUAUAGGGUGGAAUAUAAAUAAAGUAUUAGUAUCACCAUCAUCAUUAUUAUAAAUUAUUAUUAUUAUUAUUAUUAUAUUUAUAGGGCAGAAUAUAAAUAAAGUAUUAUUAUUAUUAUUAUUAUUAUAUUUAUAGGGCAGAAUAUAAAUAAAGUAUUAUUAUUAUCACCACCAUCAUCAUUAUAUGAUAUUAUAUGAUAUUAUAUGAUAUUAUAUUAUAUUAUAUUAUAUUAUAGGGUGGAAUAUAAAUAAAGUAUUAGUAUCACCAUCAUCAUUAUUAUAAAUUAUUAUUAUUAUUAUUAUUAUUAUAUUUAUAGGGCAGAAUAUAAAUAAAGUAUUAUUAUUAUUAUUAUAUUUAUAGGGCAGAAUAUAAAUAAAGUAUUAUUAUUAUCACCAUCAUCAUCAUUAUAUUAUAUUAUAUUAUAGGGUGGAAUAUAAAUAAAGUAUUAGUAUCACCAUCAUCAUUAUUAUAAAUUAUUAUUAUUAUUAUUAUUAUUAUUAUUAUUAUUAUAUUUAUAGGGCAGAAUAUAAAUAAAGUAUUAUUAUUAUUAUUAUAUUUAUAGGGCAGAAUAUAAAUAAAGUAUUAUUAUUAUCACCAUCAUCAUCAUUAUAUUAUAUUAUAUUAUAGGGUGGAAUAUAAAUAAAGUAUUAGUAUCACCAUCAUCAUUAUUAUUAUUAUUAUUAUUAUUAUUAUUAUUAUUAUUAUAUUUAUAGGGCAGAAGAUAAAUAAAGUAUUAUUAUAUUUAUAGGGCAAAAUAUAAAUAAAGUAUUAUUAUCACCAUCAUCAUCAUUAUAUUAUAUUAUAUUAUAGGGUGGAAUAUAAAUAAAGUAUUAGUAUCACCAUCAUCAUUAUUAUAAAUUAUUAUUAUUAUUAUCAUUAUAUUUAUAGGGCAGAAUAUAAAUAAAGUAUUAUUAUUAUUAUUAUUAUAUUUAUCGGGCAGAAUAUAAAUAAAGUAUUAUUAUUAUCACCAUCAUCAUCAUUAUAUUAUAUUAUAGCGUGGAAUAGAAAUAAAGUAUUAUUAUUAUUAUUAUUAUUAUUAUUAUUAUUAUAUUUAUAGGGCAGAAUAUAAAUAAAGUAUUAUUAUUACUAUUAUUAUUAUUAUUGUUAUUAAUAUCAACACUAUUACUAAUAGGGAGCUACAGCGGAAUAUAAAUACAGUAUUAUUACUAAUUAGGAUCAACACUAUUAUUAAUAGGGAGCUAGGGUGAAAUAUAAAUAAAGUAUUAUUAUUAUACUAUUAUAUAUAUUUUAUUAUAUAUACUAUUGUUAACACUAUUAUUAUUAUAAUCUAUAUAUAUAAAAGAGUGAUGGCAUCACGGCAAUUCACAAAACAACAAAAGUACAGGCCCCCCAACCUCAAAAUUUGACAACACAACCCAUCAUCCACGCCUCAAGGUUGAUACAACAAAAAGAAAAGAAAAAUAAAGUCCUAAUUAGAGGGAGAGCAAUACUUUUUUUUAUCCAUUUGCUGCCAGUUUAGAGGGCUAAUCUCUGCCCACUUGGUUGCCUAGCAACCAAGGGACAGCCAGGGUUCAGUUAGGGGACAGGCAGACUUAGGCUUCACUUAGGCUUCUUCCACAGAUUAUCUAAUUUGCACUGGAUUAUAUGGCAGUGUAGACUCAAGGCCCUUCCACACAGCUAUAUAACCCAUUUAUAAUCUUAUAUUAUCUGCUUUGCACUGGAUUAUCUUGACUCCACACUGUCAUAUAAUCCACUUCAGUGGGCAUUUUAUACAGCUGUGAAGAAGGAGCCUCAUAUAAUCCAGUUCUGAGCAGAUAAUAUAAGAUUAGAAAUAUACAGUAGAGUCUCACUUAUCCAACGUAAACAGGCCGGCAGGAUAAGUGAAUAUGUUGGAUAAUAAGAAGGGAUUCAGGAAAAGCCAAUUAAACAUCAAAUUAGGUAAUCAUACAAAUUAAGCACCAAAACAUCAUAUUAUACAACAAAUUUGACAGAAAAAGUAGUUCCAUGCGCAGUAAUGCUAUGUAGUAUUUACAGUAGAGUCUCACUUAUCCAACACUCGCUUAUCCAACGUUCUGGAUUAUCCAACGCAUUUUUGUAGUCAAUGCUUUCAAUAUAUUGUGAUAUUUUGGUGCUAAAUUCAUAAAUACAGUAAUUACUGAAAGGGGUGAUUUGGGAGUCCCCCAAUCACAUGAAACACCGGGUUUGCCAAGCCGCUAUGAGCACCACUCGGAGACCAAUAAGUUGAGGACAAACACCUUUAUUUAGGUAGCUACCGACAGACAACAGCAACACGGCAGUGAAGCUGGCAAAAAUUGUCUGCCCCGAACGAAUCUGCUCGGGGUCUCUUAUACCCUACUUGUUUAUCACAUUUCUAGUUCCCCAUUCUGGACUAGGUUUACUGGAAAAACCACCAGGCCAGUUUGUGGUGGGCAAGCACAUCCUGAUCUGUAAACAACUCCAGGAUGUAGCUCACCACAAACUGUAGAACAUUUCAACAGGUCAAGCAAAGGUACAUGUAUUGCAUACACUUCUCAGAAUCGGCCUUACCACAAGCUCGACCACAUCUGAUUCUUGCUAAACAUACAGGACACAUGCUAUUUUGUAACAAGACAGCAAGUUGCAAAUUUUAAGAUCAUUUCUGAAGGAGAGACUGAUCUCUGGUUUCAAGCAGACAGGCAUUCAACAUGGAGUCACUCUGGUUCAGUGACCCCUUCAUUACUAUAUAGCAUUACUGUGUACUGAACUACUUUUUCUGACAAAUUUGUUGUCUAACAUGAUGUUUUGGUGCUUAAUUUGUAAAAUCAUAACUUAAUUUGAUGUUUAAUAGGGUUAUCCUUAAUUCCUCAUUAUCCAACAUAUUCGCUUAUCCAAUGUUCUGCCGGCCCGUUUAUGUUGGAUAAGUGAGACUCUACUGUACUGUAUUUACAAAUUUACCACUAGAAUAUCACAAUGAAUUUAAAACACUGACUACAAAAACAUUGAUUAUGAAAAGGCAGACUGCGUUCGAUAAUCCCGAACAUUGUAUAAGCGAAUGUUGGAUAAGUGAGAUUCUACUUUAAUAUGAAAUAAUUACUGGGAUAGAAUAAUGCAGAACAAUAUAAUCUCUAAAACCAGGACAGUAAAGAAACAGGGGAAUUCCACACAGGAAACAAUCGGGGCCAGCUAACACCUCCCAACAAAGUAUUCCCAUCAUCAAAGUCUGGCAAAUCCUGUUUUCUCAGGGCCACAGACAGUAGAAGCACAUAAAAUAUCGCAAACAACACCACUCUGAAAACAAGGGAAUUCCAAACAGGAAACAAUCAGGGCCAGCUAACACCUCCCAACAAAGUAUUCCCAUCAUCAAAGUCUGGAAAAUCCUCCGUUUUCUCAGGGCCACAGACAGUAGAAGCACAUAAAAUAUCACAAACAACACCACUCUGAAAACAAGGGAAUUCCAGACAGGAAACAAUCAGGGCCAGCUAACACCUCCCAACAAAGUAUUCCCAUCAUCAAAGUCUGGCAAAUCCUGUUUUCUCAGGGCCACAGACAGUAGAAGCACAUAAAAUAUCGCAAACAACACCACUCUGAAAACAAGGGAAAUCCAGACAGGAAACAAUCAGGGCCAGCUAACACCUCCCAACAAAAAAUUCACUCAGGGAGGAAACAGCCAGGUUUUAAAGCUGCAAGGCCAUUACAUCCUAAUCAUUUUUCCUAAUUGCAGCAUUCAUACUUGCCUCCAACAAACAAAAAAACCAAUCAGAAAUAUUGUAUAUUCACAACCUUUAGGAAAUAAUAUCCCCUGAUGGCGCAGCGUGUUAAAGCGCUGAGCUGCUGAACUUCUGGACUGAAAGGCCACAGGUUUGAAUUGGGGGAGCGGAGAGAGCCCCCACUGUUAGCCCCAGCUUCUGCCAACCCAGAAGUUUGAAAACAUGCAAAUGUGAGUGCAUCAAUAGGUACUGCUCCGGCGGGAAGGUAACGCCGCUCCAUGCAGUCAUCCCACAUGACCUUGGAGGAGUCUGCGGACAACGCCGGCUCUUCGGCUUAGAAAUGGAGAUGAGCACCAACCCCCAGAGUCAGACACGACUGGACUUAAUGUCUGGGGAAAACCUUGACCCUUGACCUUAACUACCACCAAUUCCUCAAGACUUUAUUUCCCAGAACACCAGACUUCGCCACAGCAACGCGUGGCCGGGCACAGCUAGUACAAUA